AUGCCUUCGAUAGUGCACUUGGUGCAUAUCCCGAGGAAAAAGCGGUUCAUACACAUUUUCUUGGCAUUUAUUAGUGUAUUUGUGGUAUUGCAUUUGAUAAGCCCGCUUUAUGGCCAGGAGUUUGAGCUAUUGAACUACAAGCAAGUAGCAGAGUCGAUAGACGCGUUCAGGGCACAUGCGCCUGCACAUGUGGUGCAGUUUUACCAGAAAUUCCGGUACAAUAACGAGCUCAGGUACCCGAAAGAGUACGAUCUACGUGAAGAUCUUUUGAAGAUCAGGUAUGGGAAGAACAAUGGGUCGUACUGGGGGUCGUUUGAGGAGGUGAAAUACUACGAUGCGGAUCCCCGGAUGGUGUGGUCGGUUUAUUUGAACGAAUUGGAGAGACGGGAGUACGAUGAGGUGCCAUUUGCGUGGUACGAUUGGGCGGAUUUCCAUGAGUACAACAAGUUGCUUGCGAUGGGGCCCGAGCAAGUGCCAUGCGAGUUUCUCUUCCAGAACGCGUUUGAUCGGGACAAGCUACGGGAGGUCGAGCGUGAGAUUGGGGAGGAGUUGUUCCAUGUGGACCGGGAGGCGUACGAGGGGCAACGGUGGUACGAGACGCAGAUGCAGGCAUCGGAUAAGAAUGUGAUUCGGCUUCUAGCGAAGCAUUGUGCGGUGGCUGAGACGGUGAACGGGUCGUCGUCGUCGUCAACGUCGAUGAGUUAUAGGUGGGGCGAGAACGUGCGGGUGCUUGACUUGUUCGACAAGGUGCGUGCGGAGGUGUACCAGUUCCAGGCGCGGUCCUUUGUGUUGAACACUUUGCAGCCUCCGAGAUCGCUAACGAUGGUUAACGGGCCCACCGAUGUGUUGCAGUUCAACGUCAGGCAGAGCAGGCAGAACGCUAGCGACUACGAGACCGUGGUUUCGUCUGGGAUGCUGGAACGGUUCGUGCGAGAAACUGCUGCUGGAGAAGAAGAACAAGAACAGGGGCCGAGAUUCGACCAUAUCUCGAAGUUCAAGAAGUUUGUGAAGUCUGAUGCGGCCCAGAAACACCGGUUGGUGAUCAAGGAGCUCGACGAGACUCGUGCAGUCAUGCACGAUGACUCGCAGGGAUACAUGAUGUUGCAGGAAUCCGACUUCGAGUUCGAUGCCCAGGCGAAGAUCCGGGAGUUGGAGGCCCGCGAACAAAAAGAUAGUGACAAUCCGUUAUCACCACACGAUCGCGCGUACUUGGACUCGCUCAGGUUCUCGAUGUCGAUGCACUUCGCUUUCACGCCAAAGUACUUCCACGAGGCGUCUCACGUGCAAGCGUUCAAGAAGUAUGGGGCCCAUUUCGACAAACGGUUCUUCAACGGCCCGCUUAUCGUUGAACAACCUCAGAUGGAGUUGAGAUUGGAUUCGUUGAUCCGCAACUUCCAGAAGUUCGCGAACGCGAACGGCUUGGUAUCGUGGCUCGCCCAUGGUACGCUUUACGGAUGGCUCUACAACGGCAGGACGUUCCCAUGGGACAACGACGGCGACUUGCAAAUGCCCAUCAGACACUUGAACAUCCUUGCGCAGUAUUUCAACCAAACGCUAGUGCUCGAGGACCCUUCAGAGGGGAACGGCAAGUUCUUGAUCGAUGUGACAAGCUCCAUCACGCAUCGCAUCAACGGUAACGGCUUGAACAACAUCGAUGCCCGGUUCAUCGACAUUGAUUCGGGUCUUUACAUCGAUAUCACCGGUCUUUCUGUUUCUACAUGUCCUGAAACUGGUUUCAACAAGUACUACAAAGAGCGUUCGAAGGAUAUCGAUUCCAGGGACAUCAAGUUCCGUGAUCCCAAUUUGAUCCCGGGGCUCAACGACUUGAGCUUAGAGCAGCUCUUAGAAGAGGUCAAGCAGAGACCCGAUGACUUCCCUGGCGCUCAAGCACUCAUUGAAAAGCUGAUCAAAAAGUUCAGAGUACAAACACGAAGAAGGGCCUCUCCAGAAGCGAACUUGAGCCCCGAGCAAAUCUACAAUAUGAACCACCAGUUGAAGUUGUACAAUUGUAGGAACUUCCACUUUGUGUCGUUGGAUACCCUCAACCCAUUGAUCAAGACAACGUUCCAUGGAGUACCUGCUUUGGUGGCAGAAAAGCAUAUCACGUACCUCAACAACGAAUACAGAGUUCCAACAGCGUACCAGUACAUGAAAUUCAGGACCAAUGCUUUCGUACCCGAGUUGGGAAUCUGGACCACCACCUCGGUGCUUUCCAAGCUAAUGAACAAGAACCAGAUCAACGAGAAGGUGCAACCGGUACACAAGCCGAUAAGCAGUCUACGGCCAGAAGACGUCUACAAAUUGUUGGAAAACAUGGCCAAUACGGGCAUGUCGGAGUUGCUAGCCACCAUAUACAAUUCUAUGCCAAUCAACCAGUACCGUGUGAAGGAAAUGGAAAUCGCUUACGACAAUAACCUAUCACGAAACGAUAAGAUCAAGCUACUAAACAUGUUGAGAAACAAUGUUGGCCCGCACUUGCCACGAUCCCAGAAGGAUCCAUGGUUAUACAGGUACGAGAGACGGAUGUGGGAAGAGAUGGUGCGAACCAGGGAAGAAGAUUGUUCGAACGCUAGACAAUUCGUGGACAACAAGAUGGCGUAUAAUCUGUGGUACGCUAUCAUCAAGGUUGCAGAACGCAAUUAUCCAAUGUUCAAGAUAUCUACUUCGGAGAAGCCUCCAGUAGAGAAGGCUAUAGUGGCCGAGGGAACGGUCGAUCUAAACAAGGUGGGUGCCCCAGUGUUCCAAACUGGCCAUCUAAGAUACAGUAACAUUUUCCAAUCGGAUCCAAAUAUUCUCGAUCGAUAG